AUGCUAAUCAAACACCUGCCCCUCCUCGUUCACGGCGGGGCCCGCGGCUCUGGUAGUCAAUUUGCUACUCCACCUCGAUUUCAAUUCCCGGAUGAGACGAAUGGAGGUGAUGCUUUCAAAGGCAGUAGCGGAUUAAGACAAGUAUUUUCCCAAGCACGUCAUCGGAGAUAUGACAUUAUAAGCCCUUUGAGAAGUGGCAGGCACAAGCCUUUACAGAUUUCUGAUGAUGAGAUUGAAGAUGAUUUCGACGAUACGAAAGAUACCAGUCAUGGUGUGGAAGCUUCCACGGGCCUGGAUGAUCUAUUCGACAUUCCAAAGCGCUCGAAUAAAAGGGCUCGAACGUCUCUGAAUUUAUCGCAGAGUCCAGCCAGAAUCAGUCGCGAGGGUACUGAUGAUGUUUUUGAUGAAAUAAACGAUUCGAGUCCAUUCAUACCAGAUUCUCCGCCAUCACCACCGGCUCAGAAUAAACCCAGAAACGUGAUGACAUCACCACUCUCACAGCUGGGCUUUGAUCAACAACCAUUUAACAACGAAUUUGCUGCGCCUGAGACAUUUGACCCACUUUCUGAACCACAAACACCAGAUCAUGCUUUGGAAUAUGACGACGGCCGCUCAAGCAGCAGGCCACGGUUCAUUCUCUCAGCGAAUUAUACCCCUGUAUCAACUGCUACACCCUCUACUUCAACACGCCAGAAUACGCGGAAGAAACCGACAUUCGUGUUACCCCGAUCCCCAUCACCAGAUCGAGAAGAUGCUUCAUUAUCGGCUAUUCCAGGGCCCUUUUCACCCGUGGCAACUCGUAGUCUUCGGCGUCCCGGACGACCAAAGUCAUCAGUAACAGCAGCUUAUAUGCCUGGUGGAAUGGCCGAGCAGCUUCGAGACUGGAUUAUGGAGACUGAUAUGAAACGCAAAGCAACAUCAGAACAAUCGCGUCAAAAGCGAGAGGAUCGAUAUUCGAUGAUUGGGAAGGUUCAUAUGUGUGAAAACGCAUAUCUCAAGUCUUCCGGCCCGGUUAUCAGGGCUCAAGUAAAGCCAGAAUUAGCUGGAGGAAAAGAUUCACUUGAUAGCGAGCAUGGUUCUCAACCUAUGACUAUCUUGCUACUAGGCGUGGCUGCUUCUCGUUCACGUACCAACAGUACUGGUCAGUCGACUAGAGACAUUUCAGCACAAAGUGAGAAACUGAAACCGGGCGAUAUCAUCGGAGUCGGAUCAGGCCUGUCAUGGGAAGUUGAGGUAGACUCCUUCAACGUCAAUCAUAAAAUCCACAAUAACCAAACACGGGUUGGUCAUCGAGUCGUUGCUUCUUCUUGCUCUAAGCCCGAGGAUGAGUUUGAAGAUGAAGACGAAGUGAAUACAGAUAUACACCUCACGACUUCUACAUGUUCUACGCGCAAGACAUGGCGGGUGGUAGCAGAGUGGGAUUUAUUAAGUCAGACUUGA